GUGGGACCGCUGAGGUCUGUUGCUGUGAGCGCUGGCACUUCGUGAAAAUGUUUUCUUCUAUAGCAGUUUGUUCUCUAGUGGCUGCUGUGCCCACUGGCCGGUUGGAGAGGCAAGGCAAGGCAGAAUAAUCGGUAUCUGAGUGUCAGAGGAGAAAAGAAAACACAGAGGUUAUUUCUAGAAGGCUUCCUGUCCACACUUGAUCUAGGUGGCUCUGUCCUGAAGACCAAUGGAGCCUGCUACUUCCGUGCGCGCUUGCUCUGUAGCCUCCCUUCCCUUCUUCCUGGUCCUCAGCCUGGAUGUGCUGGCCUCAGCCCAGUUUACUGUCAUGGGACCAGCUGAGCCCGUCCUGGCCAUGGUAGGAGAAAAUACCACACUGCACUGCCACCUGUCACCAGAGAGAAAUGCUGAGGACAUGGAAGUGCGGUGGUUCCGAUGGCAUUUCUCCCCUGCAGUGCUUGUCUACAGAAGCCAUCAAGAGAGAGAAGAGGAGCAGAUGGCAGUGUAUCAAGGAAGAACCACCUUCAUGAGCACAGACAUCAGCAAGGGAAGAGUGGCACUCAUUAUCCACAAUGUCACAGCCUAUGACAAUGGCAUCUACUGCUGUUACUUCCAGGAAGGCAGGUCCUAUGAUCAGGCCAUCUUGAGGCUCAUGGUGGCAAGCCUGGGCUCUAAGCCCCUCAUUAAAAUGAAGACCCUUGAGGACGGGAGCAUCUUGCUGGAGUGCACAUCUGAAGGGUGGUACCCAAAGCCCAGAGCUGUGUGGAGAGACCCCUAUUAUGAAGCUGUGCCUGCCCUAGAGGAAGAGUGUACAGCUUACAGAGGAGGCCUCUUCACAGUCACCAUGACGGUGAUCAUCAGGGACUGCUCUGUGAGGAACAUGACCUGCUCCAUCAACAACACUCUGCUCAAUCAGGAGAUGGAGAGUGUGAUUUUCAUCCCAGAGUCCUUCGUGUCCAGCCCUCCUCUCUGGAUGGUGGCCAUGGCUGUCAUUCUGCCUGUACUGAUGCUGAUCCUCCUCACAUCUGGAAGUAUCUGCCUUGUCAAGAAACACCACAGGAAAAAGUCGAUUCUGCCAUCUGAAAAAGAAGUUGAAUAUGAAGAAAAAGAAACUUCACGGCAACUUCAAGAAGAACUGCGAUGGAGAAGAACCCUCUUACAUGUGGCUGAUGUGGUUCUGGACCCAGAUACAGCUCAUCCUGAGCUCUUCCUGUCAGAUGACCAGAGAAGUGUAAGACGAGGAGCUUCAAGGCAGAGCUUGCCUGACAACCCUGAGAGAUUUGACUGCCGGCCAUGUGUCCUGGGCCAGGAGAGCUUCUCCUCAGGAAAGCAUUACUGGGAGGUGGAGGUGGAAAAUGUAAUGGUGUGGGCCAUUGGCGUUUGUAGAGACAGUGUUGAAAGGAAGGGGGAGGCCCUGUUGGUUCCUCAGAAUGGCUUCUGGACCCUGGAGAUGUUUGGAAACCAGUACAGAGCCCUGUCCUCCCCAGAGACGAUCAUACCUCUGAAGGAGCGCCUUCACCGAGUAGCCAUCUUCCUGGACUGUGAAGCUGGAGAUGUUUCUUUCUACAACAUGAGAGACAGGUCACACAUCUACACAUGCCCCCCUGUAGCCUUCGAUGGACCCCUGAGACCCUUCUUUAGGCUUGGCUCUGAUGACAGUCCUCUCUUCAUCUGCCCAGCAUUCACAGGGGCACAGGGAGUAACAAUCCCUGAGGGUGGGCUGAUCCUAUAUAGGACAAGACCAGUUUCUCAGAGCCAUGUAAAGAAGCCAUAGCUCUCACCUACCUCUGCACAGCAUGAUCAGGUGGAGAGCAGGUCCUAUAUCCUUCAGGUCACCUUGAGCAUCUUCCAUCUGUCCCCUUCCCACACAUUUCAGAUCCAAUCCCAGUUUACUCCUUCAGUAGUUCAUUUGCUUUUAACUAUGGGCCAAGACCCAGCCCUAUUGGACCACUGCUAUCACACAGCUCUCUGCGGAGAUGAAAGUGGGAGAAGGGGAGAGGUGGAAUGCUUGAAGCCUCAGCACGAUGCUCUGCCCACAGUGGACAAGGCAAGGGCAAUGGGGUACAUCAGGAUGUGAGAAGGAGAGAACUGCAGAGGAAGGGGACAGAUAAAUACAAAUUGACGCCAUAGAUGGAGAAAAUGGAGCAGAGCUUGGGGUAGGCCUCAUAUGAUAGCUGUGGGGAGAUAGGACCUAAUGGUCUAUCAAUAUCCAAAGCCAAAGAUUUUUAUAUCAUGUAAUAAAGAUGUCUGGAGUAUA